CAAACCAAAAGGCCAUUAAAAAUACUACAUUAGAUGGUGAUACUCAAAAUGAUGUUGAAUCAAUUUCACUGAAGGAUUUGAGUGAAUAUAUUACAGAAUUAAUUGAAAAUCUUGAGCCUGGUACCAGACUUUUUCUUAUAGCACAAGUUGAAAUUACCAAUAUCUCUAUUUCGGAUGAUCAAAGUUUUAAAAUGAUAGCAAAUAUGAUCGCUCAUAAUAUUGAAGAAAGCGAUAGUUAUACUUGGAC